AUGUCAGCCAACCUCCUCGAGUACAUCCGCGACAGCGAGCUGGGCGCCAACCUCUGCUCUCAGACGCCCUUUGGCACGCGAGCGCUCAUCUACGCCGACUACACCGCCUCGGGCCGCGCGCUCUCCUUCAUCGAGGAGUUCGUGCGCGAGGCGAUCCUGCCGACGUACGGCAAUACGCACACGGCGACGACCAAGACGGGCCGGCAGACCUCCGACUUUGUCGCGGAGGCGCGCGCUAUGAUCAAGACGUACCUGCGCUGCAACGAUCGCGGCAAGACGAACGCGGAUCGCCUCCUCUUCGCGGGCGCGGGCGCGACGGCCGGCGCCAACCGGCUCGUCUCGCUCCUCGGCCUCGUCGCGCCGACGCCCGAGGCGCGCGAGGCUGCGGCGGCCCGCCCGGUGAGCGAGCGGCCCCUCGUGCUGGUCGGGCCGUACGAGCACCACUCGAACCUGCUCCCGUGGCGCGACAGCAGCGCCGACGUCGUCGCGGUUCCCGAGGAUGCGGAGCAGGGCGGCGCCGACCUGGGUGCGCUCGAGGAGGCGCUGCUCGAGGCGAAGGCGGACGGGCGGCCUCUGGUCGUCGGCGCCUUCUCGGCCGCCUCCAACGUCACCGGCAUCGUCGCGCGCGUCGACGACAUCACCGCCUUGCUGCACACGCACGGCGCACACUCGCCGUCGAGGCGAGCGAUGAACCCGCCGCAUGAGGAUGCGGCGCGGGCGGCGCUCCUCGCCAAGGACGCGCUCUUCUUCUCGCCGCACAAGCUCGCGGGCGGGCCGCAGGCGUCGGGUAUCCUCGUCUACAAGAAGAGCCUCGCGCGGCGCGGCGUCUCCUCGGCGCGGGGCCGGCGGGGCACUCGUCUCGGGCACUCUCGGCCCGUCUCGGGUGAGGCCGUCGGCGCGGCGGCGAUCGCAGAGGCGGACGCCGCGCUCCUCGCGGCGACGCGCGCCGCGUGGGGCGCCCACCCACGGCUAGCGAUCCUCGGCCACCCGACGGCCCGCCGGCUGCCGAUCUUUGCGAUCGCCAUCCGCGCUUUCGACCCGGGCGGCGGAGGCGGGGAGGGCGAGGCAGCGACGCGGCCGCUGCUGCUGCACCACAACUUCGUCGUCGCGCUCCUCAACGACCUCUUCGGCAUCCAGGCGCGCGGCGGCUGCAUGUGCGCCGGCCCGUACUCGCAGGCGCUGCUCGGGAUCGACUCUGCCCUGUCGGCCGCCCUCCAAGCGCAGCUCGUCAAGAAGGAGGACAACGAGGUGCUCCGCCCCGGCUACACCCGCGUCUCGCUCCCCUACUUCGCCGACGCCGCCACCGUCCGGUACGUGCUCGACGCGCUCCUCUUCGUCGCAGAGCAUGGCUGGAAGCUGCUCCCGCAGUACACGCACGUCCACCAGAAGCGGCCCGCGCGCGCGUGGCUCGGCAGCGUGAGCUACGACGGCGGCCGGAUGGCGUGGGGCGGCUCCGCGGGCGCUCCCGCGCAGCUGCGGGCCGACGAGCGGGGCGAGGCGGCGGCGGAGGCGCGGUACGCGUCCGCGCUCGCGGAGGCGCACGCGGUCGCCAAGGUCGCCUCGUCGGAGCUGCGCCGCAACACCGGCGCGCCGCUCGCCGGGCAGAGCUUGGGCGAGCUGCUUCCUCCCGAGGCGGCGCACCUCCGCUGGUUCGUGCUGCCGGCCGAGGCGGCCGCCAUGCACAAGGGCAGACUUCCCGCCGCCCGCGCGCCGUUUGCGCCGCCCGCCUUUGCGCAGGCCGACGCCGCGCGCGCGCUCGCGCCGCAUUCGGUGGCGGCGGCGGCGGGUGGCGGGGAGGCCGCCGCCGCCGGCCAGCCCGGUGCGGGGGAGGCAAAGGAGAGGGUCGGCGGGAGGGGCAACGCCGGCAAGAAGAAGAAGGGGCGGAAGGGGGGCGGCGGCGGCGGCGACGGGUGGGUCGAGCCCGACAAGAAGCUGAGCAACAAGGUCUUCCGCGCGGUGCUGCAGCACGGGAUGCUGCGGCCGGGCGACCGCGUGCUGGUCGGCCUCUCGGGCGGCAAGGACUCGCUCUGCAUGCUGCACGUGCUGCGCGCGCUGCAGAAGCGGACGCCCUUCCAGUGGGACCUCGGCGCGUGCACGGUCGACCCCAAGGCGGACGGCUUCGACCCCUCGCCGCUCGUGCCCUACCUCGAGGGCCUCGGCAUCCCGUACUUUUACGAGGCGCACAACCUGAUGGCGCUCGCCGAGCCGUGCAUGGCCAAGGAGGGGAACCGCGUCUCGAUCUGCUCCUUCUGCUCGCGCAUGAAGCGCGGCGUGCUCUACGCCACCGCGCGGCGCGAGGGCUACAACGUGCUCGCCAUGGCGCAGCACCUCGACGACCUCGCCGAGUCCUUCUUCAUGUCGGCGCUGCACAACGGCGCGCUCCGCUCGAUGAAGACGCACUACCUCAUCGACGCCGCCGACCUGCGCGUGAUCCGGCCGCUCGCAUACGUGCGCGAGGCGGAGGCGGAGGCGUUUGCCGAGAGCAACCACCUGCCCGUCGUGUCGGAGACCUGCCCCGCGUGCUUCGAGGCGCCAAAGGAGCGGUACCGCGUCAAGUGCCUCCUCGCCACGCAGGAGGCGCUCUUCCCCGCCCUCUUCCAGUCGCUGCUCAAGACGAUCCUCCCGCUGACGGAGCCACUCGUCGAGGACGUGGUGCGGCUGCGGCGCGAGGCGUACGGCCGCGCCGCCGGGCCGCCGCACGUGCCGCCCCCGAUGCCGCCGCCGGCGGAGGGGGCGCUCGCCGAGAUGGAGGCGGCCGCGAGGAAGGCGCACGAGCCCGCCGGAGUGUACGACGCGCGCGCCCUGUGGCGGGCGGCGCUCGCCGUGUCGCGGCAACGCCUCGGCGGCAGCGCAAAGGGGCGCGGCGGCGAGGGCGACGGAGACGGCGCCGCCGCGGCCGCCGCCGCGGCAGCGCUCGAGGAGGAGGACCUGUCCGCCUCGUGGUUUGGGGGCCACCUGGACGAGAAUGGCAACUUUACGCGGGGCGGCGGGGGCGGCGGCGCGCAGACGCAGCCACGCAAGGAGGGCAGCCGCUGGGGUGAAGGGCGCGGUGCGCCGGCGGCAGGCGAGCGCGGUGUCGCCAGCGGCGAGGUGGCGCCGGGGGGCAGCUGGCAGCUGCUUGCGCUGGGUGUGGCGUGGUCACUGGGCUGCAUCGCGUGGGCCAGCGUUUCGAAGGCGAGGGCGGGGCGUUGAGAGCGUUCUGAGUUUUCUCUCUGAGAAUCUUUCUCUC